ACGAGGACCGUCGUCACACCGAUCGAAACCAAGCCGCAUUUCUACUCCUCAUCUCGUCAACAAAGCGUCCUAGGAGAACACCAUCGCCAUGAAUUCGGCAGCUCGCAGAAGCGGAGGACUUUUCGAAGGACUAUACAAAGUCCUUAUGCGUCGUAACUCUGUCUACAUCACUUUCGUCAUCGCCGGCGCUUUCAUCGGUGAACGGGCAGUGGACUACGGAGUUCAUAAGAUCUGGGAGAAUAACAAUAUCGGGAAGCGAUACGAGGACAUUCCAGUUCUGGGACAGAGACCAACCGAUGAAUGAUAUGGGAAUAUUUGAUCAACUUCUAUGAUUGUUUUGUCACACCCUUUAUGAGAUCUUAGAAGGGACAUACCAUAAUGGAUCUUUUUAAUAAGUAUUACUUAGAUUCAUCAACUUUGCAUAAACACAUCUGUUGUUGUUUACCAAUUUGUUGCAUUUUCUGAAUGAUUUUGGGGCCCAAAACCAAAAGUUGGAAUUGAAAAACAUGAUUUCUGGUGAUGUUUUGGAACCAAAACAUUUGUUUCAUCUUACCCUUACAAAAUGAAAUGGAUGAGCCAUUUUUUUCUUGA